AUGGGUGCCGUCGUAUCUUGCUUCGAAGCCAUCUUCCGGACCAUCGGCUCCGUCAUAAUGGCCAUUAUCAGCGGCAUCGGCAACAUGCUCACCGCGAUCAUUAACGGCAUUGUUGCCUUCUUCGGCAUCAUUAUUUCCUGCCUGACAUGCGGCCGCUCUGGCGGCAACAGGCGGUAC